AUGGAUGACAUGAACACGGUACUUCAGGAGGCUGAGAUCUUUGAGGCGCAGGCAAAAGGUUCUCCCUUCACGUGGUGGAACAAUCAAGAGGAUAACCCUAUCUCUAAGAAGAUAGAUCACUCCCUCAUCAAUCAGGCUUGGGAAAACUCUUUUCCGGACUCGUUUGCAGAAUAUUUGGAGCCGGAUCAGUCUGACCACGCGCCAUGCCUGUUUAGAACUCCAUCCGUUAGGAGUCGGAUCCGCAAGCCUUUCAAGUUCUACCAUCACAUCAUCGACAACCCUGAGUUCCUAGUGACUGUAGACAAUGCUUGGCAUCCAGAGUCUAUAGUGGGUACUGCUCAAUUUAAGCUGAUGAGAUCAAUGAAGUGCCUCAAAAAAGAUUUGAGGGGGCUUAACAAAAGGCAUUACAGUGGCAUCUCUGAAAGGAUUAAACAGCAGGGAGCAAAAGUGGAGGGUUUACAGCGAGCACUCCUUACGAGCCCUGAUAGAGCAACUGCUGUUGAGGAGCAUAGAGAGAGAGACACACUAAACAAAUUGUUCACGGCAGAGCAAAAGUUUUAUAGGCAGAGGUCGAGGGUCAGACGGGCAGAUGUGGGAGACAGAAAUAUGACCUUUUACCAUAAGACAGUGAAUCAAAGGGUAACUCAGAAUCACAUUCACUACCUCCAGGAUGAAGACAACAAUUUUUUUGGAACGACAUCAGCAAUUAAAGAGCAUUCUGUGGCUUAUUUCCAGUGA